CUCCGAGAGUGAAGAAUUCUACUGUCAAAGUUGCAAGCAACAAAGACUUGUGAGGCCUGUACGGUUGACAACUCUCGAUAGGCGACCAAUGGCAGACAUGCAUGACGUUGAGGUUGGCAAUUAGCUCAACGAGCGACCAAUCAAACUUUGGGGGUGGUUUACUGAUCAGGACUAUGUCUACCUGUUGGCUCGUUUGCGCGGCGCCGCGUUGAAGCGAUCUGUUGAUCUCGCGCGGUGGAUCACCGAGGCCGCCUUCCCUCUCAUCGCGACGACGAUGGGAGGGGACCGAGGGAAGAAGCCGGUGGAUACCCCGGCGGACAUGCUUCUUCCCAGCCGCAAAAGGUGGCUCGGGGACGGAGGUUCGGAUCGCGCUCACGGCGGCUGCCUGUUUUACGAAACUACUCCUUCGUCCUUCACGCAUGGUUCUUCUUCCUCUUCCCCCAAUCGCCCGCUGCACGAUAGGAUGGAGGUGGAUACAAAGGAAUCAGAGAUACCAAGACAGAGGACAGAAAAUGACCGAAAGAUUAGUGCCCGGAUCAAAAGAAGUCAUCAAGCUCGCAGGAGGCAACGGUACGAGGACCAGGAAGACCGCGUCCACGGGAACGUUCAUUUCGCCUCCAUAUGCCCUCCACCGGUGUCUUGGCUGGAAUUGAAGCACAAUAUGGAGGUUAAGCUAGACUUAAAUCUUGAUGACAUAGAGAAAUCUAUUGUCAUUCCAAGAUGCCAAGAGAUGGACACCUCUGGUAACCCAGACAAGGUGGACAAAUACCUCGUCGCCGCCAAGAACCUUACACGAAUACUGAACUUGGAGCACCCUGUCCUAACCGAAACUGGACAUCUCCGUGACCGUGCAAGAUCACUCCACGGCACCACCAUCUCUUCCAUUAUCACGGAGUUUUGCUACCUCAAAGUCUGGAGGGUUAGUCCACUAAGGCGUCUGGGCUACUUGCCAGGACCCAUCUGGGAGUCCUCCGUCAGAUCUACCUUUAAUGAGUCAAUCUCAGCAACGGUGUCGUCGAGCUCCUCUAGUUCCUUCACCUGCAGUGGUAGCACCAACGGUAGCAGUGAUAAUAAUCAAGCAUCUCUUGAAGAUGGACCAGACAAAAGAUUGGCAUGCACUGGUUUUAUUAACAUCCAAUCCGUUUCUGUCUUAGAUGACAUUGCAAGCAUCAUCACUGAGGGCGGAUAUCAGCAACUCCUCCGAGGAGCUUUCGAUCGACACUACUCCGAACUUGCAAGAUAUUUUGAAAUUCUUGACAUAGAAAAUAUUUUGGGGAGUCAUAUGAAGGACUCGGUGGAAAUCUUAGUGAACGCAUGGGUACGGGCGAUGAGAAUCACUCUCAAUGUUCUUACUGAGAUGCGACGGCAGUUACACAAACAAAACUUCGGCGCAUUCAAUUCAUUCAAGCAUGACUACUUUAUGGUGAUUGCAACGCAAUCCAUAAAAAAAUUGGUUGCUUGUGGUAGUUCAAUGUGCAGUUGGCAGCAAAACUCACAAGACGAUCCCUCCACGCAAAGCUGUGCUGCCCGUGAAUCAACAAAACAUACUACACAGAUGAUACUGAAUUUAGUCAUGAUGUACAGAGCACUGAAUUACGCCAUGCCAGAACUCUUGGCAUUGUUCUCGGGGCGAACUGAGCAGAUCGUUCUUGCAGAGUUUCGUGGUCUAAUCGAUCGAUCAUCAUCUACGGUGCUCCAGUUGUUCAUGGAGCUAAACAACUUGAUAAAAUCUCAACGACUGGUCAUGGUUGAUAUUGGUGUUCAUCAUAUUACUCGGCAUAUCACAGAAUAUAUGCGGGUGCUAUUUGAAAAGAAGAGCACAAUCUAUCAAAUGUUGGAUAGUAAGCCAAAUGCAUUUGGUGAACUAGUUAUGGGAUUGGUCUCGUCUUUGGAGUCUAUGUUGGAGAUGAACUCUAGAAGUUUGGUACUUCAAGGGCAGAAACAGGUAUUCCUUCUGAACAAUCUUCAUUUCAUGAUUGAGCAAGUAAAGAGAUGUAUAGAUUCGGGACUCAUUCUUGGAGAAAGUUGUCUUGUUCAACGCGAGGACCAGCUUGAUCAAUUAAUCACAGCUUAUAUAGAAGCUUCUUGGGAUCCAGUUAUUUCAUCGUUCGAAAAGCGAACUCAAGUCGCGAUAAUUUUGUGGCCACAUCAAUUGUUUGACAAGUUUAAUUCUUCUUUCGAGAGGAUCUACAGUGUACAAAAGACUUGGAAGGUGACUAAUCCUAAUGUCCGCCUGAAGUUGCGUGAGGCAAUCAUCCAGAAACUUAUCCCAGUUUAUCAAAUGCAGAUGGGAAACCAAUCAGAGAAGAAACAAAUGUCAGCGAGGUACAGUGUGGAGCAGCUGGAGUCACAACUUCUAGAAAUGUUUGAGGGCUGAAGCCUGAAGGCAUAAAGAUCACAUAAUACAGUAAUACACAUUUGUCCGAUAUCGUGGAUGAAGCAGAUUUCAGUGAUCAACAAUAUCGACGAGUUUGCUUGCGCAAUCUAAAAUUCAGCUUUCCUUUUCACUGCUUGGCUCAGCAAUCAGAUGUUCGUUGCUACCUGUGUUAUCUGGUCCACCGUUGUCUGUGAUGUCAAUAUGGCUUCUUACUUAGGCUGGAUCCUUUAGUUCUAUUUAAUUUUGAAUUUCAAGUUGUAUGGAGGUACAGAACAAAUAUAAGUGUCUUUAAUUAUGGAGUCAAUUUAAUUGUUUAUAGUUUGAAAUAAAGGGGUUGUUCAUUUUGAUGCCAAAAUAAACCUUGUACAAAGCUUAGUAAGAUAGCUAUUUUAGCAAGAUAGUUAUUUUAGCAAGAUAGCUAUUUUGGAUGUGUUCA